GUGAAGAUUCAAUUUCUGUCAACAGAAGGAAACGCAGUCAUUUUAUGCCAGUAACAAAACUCUCUGCUUUACACUGCCUGCUAUUCACUCUGGUCAGCUGAUCGACUCUGGACUUUAUCUGUGAUUAAGAACAUCUAAUGGGAUUAAAGAGGCUCAAGUUACCGAUGCGUACAAGCGAACGGUCGUAGCCCGUUAUAAUAAAUUGCAUCAGACAUGCAUUGAGGGAACGCCUAAACUUUUUGACGGAUCGAUGUGCAUAAAGGUGGAUAAAACGUCCGACGUCUUGACAUCCACGCACCCAGCUGAAGAAAAACGAAAGGAGUAUGCUUAGGAUAAUAUUUUAACUAGCUACUUGAUAUUUGUGGAGUUAAAUCCUUCUACCACGUUUGAAGACGCAAACGAAUCGAAACCGUCAGUUUCCUUUAAACAAGGUCAACUCAUAUAAUUUAUUAUCCUUUACAUGUGUGGGUUUCCCCUCAGACUCGACCAUGAGUCAGUUUGACUGACUUAAAUGCUGUUGAAGUUGAGCAGAAGGAUAAAUCCACCCAUUACAGAAUGCUGGAGUGAGGGUACUAAAGAUGGCAUCGGCGAUAUUUGAGGGCACAUCCCUGGUGAACAUGUUCGUGAAGGAUUGUUGGGUUAACGGGAUCCGCAGGCUCAUCAUUAGAGGAGAGGAAGAGGAGUUCUUUGAAAUAAGGACUGAAUGGUCGGACAGAAAUAUACUCUACCUGCACAGAAGCUCCUCAGAUUUGGGAAGACUUUUAAAAAGACUCCUGGAGUGUUUCCCCGAAGACAGGCGAGAUUUAUUAAAGUCCCCUCUGAUAGAAGGGCUUGUCAAGAUUAAAGAAGCAAAAGACAUUGAGACAAAGCUAAAUGAAGUGGAGCGACUGGUGAAGAAUGCCAUUAACAUGCCCUGGAAGUUUUCUAGGUCAGAGGUUGUCUUAACAUUCUUUGAACGCUCGCAGCUUGACCAGGUCCUGAGGAACGACAGUGUCCACAAAAUUCAGCCAUGCUUUCAAAGUCCAAUUAAGAUUUCAGAGAUCAUGAGGUCUAAUGGGUUUUGCCUGGCAAACACAGAGACCAUUGUGUUUGAUGAGAGCAUUCUAAUGGACAAAGGGAGACCCUCUUCCACUGACUCAGCCCAGCACUCGUAUGAUGAGGAUGGGAGAGAAUAUUUGGAUCCUGUAGAUCAAGACCUAAGUGACGAAGAUCCUGAAGCUUACGUCACUAACCUGUCCUACUACCACCUGGUUCCCUUCGAAUCUGACAUCCUGGAGUGACGCACACAAUUCUGCAUGGGUGAACAUUUACAGGGGGGCACUGAAUCCCACCUAAACAGUGCAGAUAUCCAGCAUGUAAUUUCUGCCAAGCGAUGGGAUGUGCCAACGCUUAGGUGCUUUAUCUGAUUAGUAUUGUUUAUGAUGGCAGAAAGAGUCGGAAUGCAGAGAUCACUACUAGCUUCCUGCUUUGACUUUGUCCAUCAAAUUUGUUGGCCUGAUCCCACAAUGAUACUGUAUUCACCCAUGUGCCUCAUUAUUCAACCUAGCUGUAGGCUGUAGCCAUGAAAACGUACUAGGAACCAACAUAAAAUAGAAAUAAGCUGCUAUUCCUGGUGUACAGAUUGAUGGUGGCCUGAAAGUUUUGUUUUGUUUGUAAAGUCCAGGCUGUACUGACUAUUGUCAUUGUAACUUAAAAUGCUGAUUUAAAUAGCCAAAAACUGAAAAAGGGCAUAUGUUAAAAUGGCAAAUCCAUUUCAUCAGCUAAAACCUGCUUUAUUGAUCGUAGUGUUAAAGGCACCGGGGUUAGCAAAAUUAAGUUUGCAGAUGUAUAGAGGUGUCUUUCUUGUCAGAGAAUUUAAAUUGCUUUCAGAAGAUAUUUUUAUUAGCUUAUGGCCUCUUUUCUACUGAAUGACUGUGGACAGUAGCUGAACUUUCUUCUUUUCUCUUGAAAACAAAGGGCUUGCACAUUCACUUGGCACAUGGCUUCCACACACACACACAGAC